AUGAUGGAGCAGCAAACACAGUCCGGUGAUAGUCCUACGUCCCAGCACCAGUGGAUCGACCAUCGUAUUCAUGAAGCGAUCAAUGCAAGCUUGGGGCCCUUGCAAGCCCAGUUGGCGGCGUUAACGCAGCAUCUCGCCAACAGCACGACGGCGCCGCAACCUCAGGAAGGACUUCAACCACCGCUUCCAACGCGAACGCCAAGCGAGAGCUUGUUCGGCAUCGAUGCUGCGCAGCUUCCGCAACAGUCAAAUGGGAGCCCUAACAAGAGGAAACCAUUGCCAAACCCGCCAAAGUACAAUGGCUCCCGGAAAGGUUAUGCGGCCUGGGCAAGGCAGAUGAGAGACAAGCUAGAACUCGAUGCACACUAUUAUAACGGGAACCGAGACUUGUGGUAUCUUAUUAAUUCGUGCCUAGAAGAAAAACCACAACAGGUCGUGGCCACGUUUUACGCGGCAGGUGGGCCAGGCGGCAAUUUUGACCCCCACGAGUUAAUGCGAUACCUUGACCGCACGUAUAAGGACAGUAAUAUCCAGUCACGAGCAGCGACCUCACUGAGGACUCUACGUCAGCGCGAAGAUCAGUCGCUGGCCACAUUCCUUCCCCGGUUUGAACAAGCCUUGGCGGAAGCAGGGGAGGCGACUGGCCAGACAGCGCAAAGAUUGUGUUCCUUGAGAACGCCUUAA